AUGAGAUACAAGGGAAGGGUCGCAUUGGUAACCGGCGCAAGCCGUGGGAUAGGAAAGGCAACCGCACUCAAACUCGCCAGUGAAGGUGCGACUGUCGCUGUUCAUUAUUCUCGCGCCGUUGAAAAAGCGGAAGCCGUCUGUGAACAGAUUCGCGGGUUGGGUCAAAAAGCAAUGCCCGUCCAAGCCGAUAUCGCCGAUAGAGAUGCUGUAAACAGAAUGGUCACGACGGUGACAGAAGAACUCGGGACAAUCGAACUACUGGUAAACAAUGCCGGAGAUGUCGGUGAUAUGGCGUUUGACGAACUCGCGCCUGAACACUGGGACCGGAUUAUCGCGAUCAACCUGACAGGUCCCUUCAACGUGUUAUGGGCAGUCAAACCGGGGAUGAUUGCACAACAGUUUGGACGUAUCGUCAACGUGUCCUCAAUCGCUGCGUUGGCAGUCCGUCCGAACCAGUUGCCAUACGCGGCAGCGAAAGCCGGCGUCAUUGCCCUGACGAAAUCGUGUUGCGCACCGCUUGCUCCACACAACAUCCGUAUCAAUUCGGUUGCACCGGGGGCGAUUGCGACAGAUAUGUUAAGUGAAGUCUCACCAGAGAUGGUAGAGACAACUUCGGUCUACGACACCACUUGGUAG